AUGAUAUUGUCACGUAUUCCAGCGAAUACGCUGGCAAGAAAGCAAGCCUUUAAAAAGGCAUCAUGUGCUAUUCUACCGCGACAAACAUCGCUGCUCAAUUUCAUUCUUCGCAACAACAACAACAGCAGCAUCUUCCAAGUGCGAACAUUUAAAAAUCUGUCUGCGAGGCUUGCAGAGGAGUCAUCUACCAAGGUGCCUAACCCCGUAUCCAAGCCUGUAACUACAGAAAUCCCCAUCACUCAAGUAGCCCGAGAACAAACAGCUCAACUCUAUCUCGAUAACGUAUUCCCACUCAGGAUGGGUGUGCUGGACAUCAGACAAGUCUUUUUCAGAAACUCGAAAAACUUUCUCGAAUCCAAGGCCCAUCAGGCAAUCCCUUCAGAUGAGUUACCCUACAAUUUUGCCAUCAAGGAAAUAUUGGCUCGCACAAAAGACGGUGGUGCCAUUGUUACAUUUUCCUUCAAAAGCACAGAUGGAUCUAAAGUGGAUGUUGCCAAAGACAUUGUCUCCAGAGUCAAUGAAUAUAUCGUUAGCCACAACAUUGUUGCACCCUACAAUCUGCAGUCUGUGAGAGCUUUUCUGGUCAAAGGAUCGCCUUUUAUGGAAGAUAUGAUUGCUAGAUACCCCACCAAUCGACUCCGCAUUGAAUUUCAAGGCGAAGCUGUCAAUGUUGAAAGACUCUAUCGCCAUUUGAGACCCUAUGGUAAAGUAUUUGACAUUGCACUGUACCCCAAUCCCAUCGUGGCAAAGGAUCCUGCUCGCUACGCCAUUGCUCAAUUCACCAGAACAAGAUUUGCUACCAGUGCUCGCAAUUGUUUGCACGGACAUUACAUUGAUGGCACGCGAUUGAACAUUUUAUAUGAAAAGCAGUUGCGUACCAACGUGGUCAAAGACUGGCUUGUCAACCAUCCUCGUAUCACCAUCCCCGUACUAGCAGCUAUAUUUGCAGGUGUCACCUAUGUAGUGUUUGACCCCAUCCGUGUGUUCUUCAUUACCUCCAAGAUCAAUCAAAGAUUCAACCCUCAAGAGUAUGCCGUCUAUCGCUGGUUGCGCAAUGAAACAUGGGCUCGUUUGAUGCCUGGAGGUUCUAGAGAUCUGGCUAGUGCUGGUACAUCUGUGUGGGCUGAUGAUACCGAAAAGACUGAAAAGCUGAUUUCAUGGCUUGCUGAGACACCAGAGACGUUUGUGCUUGUUUCUGGACACAAGGGAAGUGGUAAAUCUGCCUUGGUCAAAUCUGCCAUCAAGGAUAGAAAAAACAAGCUUUUUAUUGAUUGUGAAGCAGUGGGAUCCGGCAGAAACCAAUCCGACAUGACAAAGAAUCUUGCCAAGGAAGUAGGCUAUUUCCCUGUAUUCACCUGGGUGUCUUCCAUGAGCGGCCUCAUCGAUACAGUUGUUGCAGCUACAACAGGCCAAAAGACAGGCUUUUCCGCCAACCCUGAUUCGCAAACUAAGGCUAUUUUAGAGACGGUGGCCAUUGCACUUCGAGAUGUUGUGCCUAACGAAAAGGAGGCUCGUAAGAGAGCAGAAGAGGAAGCUGAACGUGAAAAUUUCCUCGAGAGACUCAAGAGCUUGAUCACUGGACGUAAAGCCAAGCGAAAUGCAACGACAGACAAUGAAAAGAGCAGCGAGGAGGCUGAUGAAGACAAAUUGGACGAAAAGAGCAUCCCCAUCGUCGUCAUCGAUAACUACAUGUACCGUGAAACAACCAAGAAUGCUAAACUGUGGGAGGAAUUGGCGGAAUGGGCUGCCUUGUUAAUUGAAAAUGAGAUUGCGCAUGUUGUGUUUGUCAGCUCGAAUGCUGGUGUGAUGAAGACGCUGGGUAAAGCACUUCCCGGCAAGAGUUUCUCCAACAUUGCGCUGUCUGACGCACCUCCUGAAAUGGCCAUGUCUUUUAUCAACAAGCAGCUGGGAUCUGAGGUACAAGAUCCUGAUCUUCGUCCAGUAGUGGCUGCUUUGGGUGGUCGUUUGACUGAACUGGAGCUGCUGGUGCAAAAGAUGAAGAUGAAGAUGGACGCACAGACUGCUUUCGAGGAUAUUGUCACUCGCAACUUGAUUGAAAUUCGCAAAUAUGGAUUCGGAGACUCGUCUGACGAGAGCAACAAGCUGGAGUGGUCAUCAACACAGUUCUGGACUAUAGUGAAACUUUUAACAAACAAAAUGAGUAUCAACUAUGACGAACUGAAAUGGGGUCCUGCCUUCCUCGGCGAUGAUGCACCAUUGAGGGCAAUGGAGAGAGCAGAGCUCAUCAUGAUUGUCCAAAAGGAGGGCCGAGCCAACUCGAUCCGACCUGGCAAACCGGUGUUUUACACUGUAUUCAACAGACUGACCUCAGACACUAUUUUCGCUGCUUCGAUGGAAGUGGAAUCCAAUAUGGCACUGAAAAAACAAUCCGAGGCAGACAUUGCCAAGUUGGAAGAUAACAUCAACAAACUAACAAACAUCAAUGCGCCCAACCGACCACCCAAAGAGAUUGAAACCAGAAUCAAAUUCUUGCUCACCAAGGUGGCAUCCAUUCAGAAACUGAUUGAAGAAUACGACAAUAAGAUCAAGGCAGCCAAGGAGGUGAUUUCAAAGUCUUGGGUGGACAAUGAUGAUGAGUAG